AUUAGAGUAUAAACCUUAUUAGAAAACAUACACACCAUAUACUUAAUACACAUAAACACAGACAUUAAGAAAACACAAAUAAGUUCAUCAAAUACACUACACAAUGGACACAGAUUCAAACCCCACUUUGCAGUUGACUGUAGUUGAAUCCGAUCCCGAUGCAAAGUCCACUGGGUCAGUAGCUAAGCCCUCGGAGCUUCUCGAGCAGUCAUCCGAUGCAGUUAAUACAGCUGAUGCUCCCACUGAGGAUGCGCCAAAUGAUACCGAUGAGGAGGCUGCAGCGAAAGCGGCUGCUCGGAAAGCUCGACUGAAACAAGCGCGUUCUAUUCGCUUCACAAUUGGCGACAGUCAGCCGGAUAUUCAGGACAAGAUACCAGAAAAUGAAAAGAAGACAUCAUUUCUUCCACUCGACGAGCAAAGCGAUGAUGUGGUCACAACAGCCAUUUCAACGCCCACUCGAUAUGUUGGUGAAGGCUCUUUCGAGUUGGAAGAACUAACGCUACCUGAAUUGGAAAUUGAAGAGGAUGUCGAUAAGCUAUUAGGCCUGGACACAGAGGAAGACGAUGGAACGGAGGAAGAGCGCAGCUCAAUAAAGGGUGGCGAUUCCAUAAAUGCAAAGAAAUAUUUUCUCGAACAUUUCGAGAUACCCGGUUUGGAAGAUAUCUCUGACGAUGAAAUCGACUCUAUAACUGAACGUUUGAAAUCAUUGAUUUCCAUGGAGCGUUCUUCAUCGCACGUCGGUGAAGAUAUUGGUAAAUUUGUCGAUCCCCUGACGGGGGAAAGCAUCUCGUCAAGCUCAUCGAGCAGCAGCAGCGAGCCUGUGGUCAUGAGCAGCAUAUCGAGUUCGAGUGGCGAUGCGUUUGAGUUGAAAAGUAUGCAGGACUUUAAAAUGGAUGCAGCGAAGGCAGAAGUUGAUGAGGAUUUAUAUAGCAAAUUCAAAUCGAGUUUCGUUGCUUCAGUGGAACCAGUUGAGAUUGCAGAUUUUGGGCUAAUUAAAGCGAAAAUGCUGAUUACUCAAGUUGCAGCCGAUUUUCUAAACGAUCUGAUCAGAAAUGUGGUUAUCACUGCCGAGCAGAUCCGAGAGGAUUUAAAGUUUAACAAAAGCAUUAACAAAUGGAAGCUGCACAACCACUUGUCAGAUAUAGUUAGGAAAUACACAAUCGAAAAAGACAUCAACGCCUAUCUGAACUCAAGAAUGUCCGAGUAUCAUAAGCGAGCGAAAAAUUUACGCGUCUUCAUGAAGCUCCCACUUGAAUUGCAUGAAAAAGAACGCGAACGUUAUCGUGAAGCUAUAACUAAAUUGGAUUUCAAUUUAAUCCUUAUGGCGGAGGCGAAGAAAAAGUCUUCAUAUCUUUUACCGAGUGUCAUGAUGGAUCUGUCAUAUUUCGAAAGUAUUUGCCGACACUCUGAACAAGUGCUCAACGACAGGAUGCUCGAUACAUUAGGUCGGAAUUCCGAAUACCUUAGGAAAGUAACGGAACGCGAACUUCGACUGAUGAGUCAAAAGCGCAAUGAGAUUAGCGAUAUUCGUCUCUCUCUAUUGACAAGAACACACACAUUAGGGCGUAUUACUGAUAAAAUUCAUAAACUGGAACAAAUCAAUGAGGAUAUAUCAAUGGAUGACUUUAUUACGCUCCAAAAUCAGGUGGCAGCAUUGAAUAAAAAAAUCGAAGAGCGUAAUCUCGAUUUGAAAAAGGCUCGCGGCAUCUAUCAUUCGGCUUUACAUAUGGCCCAACACAAUCGUGAGAAAAUUCAGUCAUUGACCAACAAGCUUUUAUCACGUAAAGCUCAUUUGACUCGGGUGCAAGAUCGGCAGAGAGUUUUACGCGAAAAACUCUAUGUUGGCAAAAUGGAACGUCAGCGUAUACGAAAAAUAAAUUCCGAUCUUACCUAUCAAGGCGGCCUUCUAGCUUUGCCAUCGCUCAUGUACGACUACGAUGAGACGAUGGAGAGGAUAGAAGUUCGGCAAGCUAAAGUGGAUGAAUUAAAAGAGAUGCAUACACGUAUUAGCAAUCGUAUCGCUGAAUUUGAGUUAAUUGUUGGUAAAGCAAAUUCCAUUUCCACCGUAGUCUAACAAAUCCCAUUCUACUUGAAUCCACAACAAUGUCAUGGAUGUACUUUUGGCAUAAGCUUGUGAUACAACCACACGACACAUUUCCAUUGAUAUUAAUAAAAUAAUUGUACGAACUUAA